AUGAUUAUUCCUGAAUACAAUACGGAAUUAGUCAAUAAUUUUAUGUUAAAUCUUGCCAAUAAAGUACCAGGAAAUAAUGAAAGUUUAUUUCCAACUUAUGACUAUCUUAAUGACCAUACGGAAAAUAAUAUGAAUAAUAAUAUGAGUUAUUCCGGGGGUUUACAACAUCUAUCAGUUAUGUUUCAACAAUUACUGUCUAAAAUAUCGGAUAAUCAGACAACAUAUAAUACAUCAAGUUCAAGUUUAUCGUCUCCAUUUUCGGGAACACUAUUUUCAUCGUCAUUGUCUUUUGUUUCAUCAUUACCUUCAUCAGUAAAUGACGCCAAUUCUUAUCGUCUUCUUUCAAUAAUAUCUCUUUGGUUUGUCCUUAUAUUAAAUCCAAUUUUGAUUUUAUUCGGUGUCAUUGGUAAUUUUCUUACUAUAUAUAUUUUAAUAAAUUGUAAUAUUGUUAAAUUACCUGUAUCAUUUUAUACAAUCAUGCUCAACAUAUCGGAUACACUUAAUUUAUUAAUACCAGUAUUUAUAUUUUGGCUUGAUAAUUGUUUUAAUAGAACACCUGAACGUGGUUAUUUUCGGGAUAAAUCAAAUUUUUUAUGUAAAGCAUUGAUGUGUCCUGAUCAAUUAUUUGCUGCACUUAGUGCUUGGUAUAUGUGCGCUAUAUCAUUCAAUCGUUGGUAUUCUGUAUGUCGUCCAUCGUCCUAUUUUUUUCAUGUGUCAUCUCUUGUAUCGACAGCAUCAUCUGGACCUAUGAAAAAUAAUGUUUAUGAAAAUGAUCGUAAACAGAAAAAACAUCCACCUAAAUCAUAUAUUUCAUUAUCAACACCUUCAUCACGAAUGUCAUCGAUUUGUUCUUUUCUUAAUUGUUGUUAUUGUUUAACACGCAAUAUAAAAUACCGUCAACAUUUACAAGCAUUUCGUAGUAUUGCUAUUAUUACAUUAAUAGGUAUAUUAUGUUGUUUUUAUCCAAUAUUUAUGCAUGAACUUCGACCAAUUAUAUCAACAAAUCACCAUGUUUUCGAUUUAAAACAAAAAGUCACUCGUACAUAUGCUAUUAUUUGGAAACGUUGUUAUUAUAGUGCAAACCAUGAGUAUGCUUAUGAUAUUAUUGGAAUAAUCUUAUCUUGUUUUUUACAUGUCUUACCAUUAACAUUUGUUGCGGCAAUGAAUAUAAUGAUUAUCAUAGCAUUAAGACAACGGCAAAAUGUUAUGACUAUAUCAACAAAUACAAGACAAUCUCUAAUACCAAUUAAAAAAAAACGAGAACCAUUACAUUGUUUACAAGAACUUAUUUUGUAUAGAUAUAAUAGUUCAUCAGAUAAACAAAAUGGAGACACUCAAAAUACACAAUCUGAUAUAGUAAAAUCUUCUCAAUUAUCAUUAAUAAGAACUCAAAAAGAUCAAGCAACAUCAACUGAUUUACCAAUACGUACCAUUAAAUCAAAACCUUCACAAAUUCUUACAACCCUUAAAGGUACUGUACAAAAAAGACAUUACUCACGAGAUCGAACAAUUACAAUUAUGCUUGUUAGUGUUGCAUUAACUUAUUUAAUAUUAACUUUACCUUAUCGAUUAUUUUGGUCUUAUAAUGUUUAUAUAAAACGUAUGCGUCCAGAAAGAUUAAAUUCUUCAAUUUAUUUAUUAAAAAUGCAUUAUAUUGAUCAUGUACUUCGUACAAUACGUAACAUGCAUUAUGGUACGAAUUUUAUUUUUUUCGUAUUUCUUUCAAAAUCAUUUCGUCGAAAAUUUCAACAACUAUUUAUUGAAAAUUUUUUACCUAAAUCAAAUCGAUUAUUCAAGAGGAAUUUGGAUAUCUAUAGUAAUACUAAUUACAAUAAUAAUGAAACGAAUAAUCUACAACAAGUUCCUCAAAAAUUAGAAGAAAAAAAUGAGAACAACGAAAAACAAACCAUAAUCAAUAAAAAUACUAGAAUCGGAAUGAAAUAUUCAACAAAGAAUACUCUUCGGAAGUCUCUUAAUUAUGUUAAUGAGUCCCCGAAAAAACCAAACGAACUACAUUCCAUGGUUGAAUUUGGUCAUAAUGACACAUUACAUGAAUUAAAAUGA